AGGAUAGCUCGGAUCAAUUGACGGAUUCCUACCGCUCAUACCAUCCUAGCUGCUAGCUCCUCUACCUAUCAUCCUAGGACAUAUUCCAUCUUACGCGACUACGACGCUUCUCCGAGAGAUCAGCUGGUAAGGAGCAAACAACAACAACAGUAGUAACCUGCAACUGUUCACCAUCCAUCUCGUGUUCUUCGUACUUCCGCGCACGGGUCGCCUUCUGGAUUGCUACCAUUCCUCACAACCACCAUCCGAGAUGCUCGCGGUACUUCCCUCGCUCAACACGGGCAUCUCGCUCGCCUACCUCCUGCUGACCUUUGCUCACGAAGCUCACGCCGGACUCGUACUGUCCCGACAAACACCGGAGAAUCUGACCGGCACCAGCGCUGCCGCUGUUUCUACCAUCACUGGCUACGCUCACCCCCUGAGCCUCACUCCCCUGUCUCGCCUCGGCCCGCUCCAGACGCCUCUCUCCUACGCGGAUCCCCCGACGGCCAUCACCGUCCCUACCAGGCGCCAGCCACCAUUUGCAGCCGCCGCCUCUUCUCCGGCCCACGCUAGCGUCUGGCGCAGCAGCGAGGCCGAGGAUAACAGUCCCUCAGGAACCCUCCUCGCCCAGGCCACUGACCUGCCACCCUCCUCCUCCUCCUCUCCUGCCCCGGCGUCACUAUCGCCGACAACGGCCCAGGCGCCCGUCAGCGUCUGUACUUCGAUCGCGGGAUCCUACCCGACGGCGACGCUGCCCAACUUCUGCGCGCCGUCGGCCCACGCGAACGCGCCGGCCCUCGUGCCCGCCGUCGGCGCCGGCGCCACCGGCAGUGCCCGGCCACCCACCGCCACCGUGACCAUCGGCGGCGUCACCAAUAAGCUCGACUGUUGCGUGCAGUGCGCUGGCAUCUUCAACUGCGUCGCCUGGCGCUUCCUGCCCGUCUUCACGCAGCCGCCCAACGCUCACCUACCCGGCGGCUUCGACCCCUGGGGCCGCGGCGACUGCCUCGCCGUCUACCACAUCGAUAGCCGCCCGCCCCGCGGCGGCGCCGGCGGCGAGGUCGGCGGCGACGUCUCAAGCCUCUGCCCCAACGGCAACGUCGGCGAGGUCCUGCAGGCCGGCAACAGAACCGAGGAUGGGGCACCGGAGGGGGGGCAGGGAGAGGAGAAGGAUGCCCCCGUCCGCAGCUGGUCACAGCUGUACUACAACGGCUGGAACGAGGGCCCCUGCGGCGCGCCCAUCGAUGCCUUCGAGAGCGGCUAUGACGCGGGACGGGGUGAUCGAGAUAAAUUAUGCUCACAGAUGCGUGCUACGUGAGGAUGGCGCACACGCAUGUGGAUUUGUGAAGAUAGUAGGUAGAUACCGCGAGCUAGGCUUCUGAGCAUGAGAAUACGACGAUCUUCUUCGCUCCCUAGCUUCCUCUUCCGCGGGUUCAUGGUGACUUACAUUACCUAGCCCCGAGGGUUGGACCCCAUUCGUCGCUGUAGUUGAUCCGACGAUCUCUGUCUGACGGGUCUCGCCCAAUACCGGACCUGGUCUUCGCUGUUGAUCUUCUGCCCUGUCCCCCCCUCUCCCAGGUACCUCUCCGCGGCCUCUUCCACUUACCUACCUAACGAAGGGGAACGUCGGAGCAACC